AUGUCUAGCCAGUCCCGCUCAGAUCGUCUGUUCAAGUUCUUCAACAGCGUCGUCAGCGGCAAAAAGCCUGUCACUACUGUUGACAACGUGAAGCUCUUCCUUGAAGCAAUCCACGACCAGAGGAGCCCCUCUGCCUGUGUCGAACGCAUCAUCGCCAGUCCAUCAGCUCGAAGUGCCCUCCAGCAGGGACUGCGAUUCAACGUUACGCCUGCAUUUCUUAAUAACACGACGACGCCUUUUGUCCACUACUUGGCCAAUCCAGAAAUAAAACAACUCUGCAACGGACAGUUUCUCCAGGAUCUUUUAGCUAUCGUUGUGGAGCCUAAGACAUUAUGGACUGCAUUCCUGCAGGCCUUCCGGGCGCGCGAGCUAACAGAUUCAUCUGUCCAUGCCCUGGCUUGGAUGAUAGUCGAGGUACUUUCGUUCCCGGCUUCAGCUGAGAUCGACAUUAAGGACGACGCCCAGCAAGUCAUGGACGAUGGCUUCUUACUCCGAUCCGCUUCUGCAGACAUCCGCGCAUUGGGACAUAAGAUCAAACACAACCUGAUGGUCAAAUCGACGACUAACACUCCUGUCAAUCCUGACUUCGCCCCUGGUGGACGGCAUGACAACGACUUUGCCGACUUUCGAAGCAUUGCCAUCUAUCCCACCGCUGAUGAGUUCGCCUCAACUGCAAAGCCCUUCUACCGUCGCAUGGACGAGAUAUCAGAACUAUCAUCAGACAUGCGAAUCCCCGUUCAUCUGGAUAACCAGUUCCGUCUUCUCCGCGAGGACAUGCUAUCAGAGCUCCGUGAUGAUAUCCAAAUCGCGCUGGGGAAGAAAAAAGGCCGACGAAACGCUCCACUAUUACAAAAGCUUUCCGUCGUCAAUAUUCGUCAUGGCGAUGGUCGACGACUCAGACCUUGUUCACUGGCAAUAUCCUGUGAUCAAGGACUGGAGAGAAUUUCCAAUAUUCCCUCCGCAGAUCGAAAACGGCUUCUCAACGAGGAUCGAGGCUAUCAAAGACAUGAUUCAUUUGGUUGCUUCAUUCGCCAUGAGGAAAUCGUCGCCUUUGCUACGGUCGAUCGAAAUGUUGAUCAGCUACUUCUGGAUCCUCCAGUCAUUGUACUACGCGUUCUUGGUGAUGAUGCCAUGAAGAAGACAUUGAUGUCCUUCAAGUUAUACGAUGAUAUCCAGUUCCUUUUAGUUGAGGCCUCCGUCUUUGCGUAUGAACCGAUCUUAAAGUGUUUGCAAGACAAAACAGACUUGCCUUUAUCCCGAGAGCUACUAGAAUUCAAAAAGGGAGACCUGGCAGAGCACUCUGAUCUCAUCUCCGAUACCACCAUCCAGGACAUACGAAACGCAGGGGAUGGCAACAUCCAGAGUAUUCUGGACACGAAAACGCCUGUCUACCUUGACCCGUCCCAGCUGCAAUCUUUCAUUUCGGGAUUGACACAAACUCUGAGCCUUAUCCAAGGCCCCCCAGGGACGGGAAAAUCUUUCAUCGGUGCCCUUCUGGCCAAACUCUUCCACGAUCGUAGUAAGGAAACAAUUCUCGUCAUGUGUUACACAAACCACGCCCUAGAUCAGUUUCUCGAGGAUCUAUUAGACAUUGGAAUUGACUCUUCAUCGAUUGUACGACUUGGGUCUAAAUCAACCACUCGGACAUUACCUCUUAGUUUAUCACAGCAAAAGGUCGCAUACAAACAUACUCGAUCAACUUGGGACGUGAUUAACAAGUAUGAGAACGAAGCAAACAUUGCAAAGGGUUCCUUGACAUCAGCUAUGAAUGAAUAUACAAAGUUCAAGGGAAAUUCUCGGGCAAUGUUGGAAUUCUUAGAAUUCGAGCAUCCUACUUUCUACGAUGCUUUCCUUCCUCCAUCGUUCGAUGAUGACAUGACCAUGGUCGGUGAGAAUGGAAGGAUUGUAGACUCUCAUUAUCUCUACGACCAAUGGUCAAGGGGUAAGCAGCCUGGGUUCUUCAUGGAUGGUCUCUCGGAAGACUCGCGACUGGUAUGGGCUAUGGACCCCGCAACUCGACAAACCCACAUCCGCGAAUGGACGCACAGUCUCCUCGAAGAACAAGUAUCUAACAUUCAUCAACAUACCCGCGAGAUUGACCGAUGCCAGAAUCAUCUGGAUAAAGUCUGGAAAAAGGGUGCAUCCAGUAUUCUACAGUCUAAGAGGAUCAUCGGCUGUACCACCACCGCUGCUGCCAUGAACGCCCAGGAUCUUCAAUCCGCAUCCCCUGGGAUUGUGCUUCUCGAAGAAGCCGGUGAAAUUCUGGAAUCCCACGUACUUACCGCCAUGGGCACGAAAACAAAACAUCUCGUGCUUAUCGGUGAUCAUCAGCAACUGCGGCCCAAGAUUAACAACUACGCCCUAUCGGUCGAAAAAGGGAACGGCUAUGAUCUUAACUGCUCUUUGUUUGAACGUCUUGUUCUCGCCGGCUAUCCCCAUUCUACCCUGGCCAAGCAGCAUCGAAUGUGUCCGGAGAUUUCAUCUCUCGUGAGAGCCCUAAAUUACCCUGAUUUGCAGGAUGAUGCAAAAACACUUGGUCGAGUUCCACCGCGUGGAUUGCAGGACCGUGUUAUUUUCUUCCACCAUGAGCAACCUGAAACAAAAUUCAUGAGCAUUUCCGACCGUCGGGAUGAAGGGUCAAAGGGAAGCAAGCGCAAUAUAUUUGAAGUGGAGAUUGUUCUCAAAAUCGUACGGUAUCUCGGUCAGCAGGGAUAUGGGACGGACAAGCUUGUUGUCCUUACACCAUACCUUGGACAGCUACAUCUCCUUCGUGAUUUCCUGCGAAAGGACAGUGAUCCCGUGUUGAGUGACCUAGACUCCUACGAUCUUGUUCGGGCUGGAUUGAUUUCUCAGGCAAGUGCGAAUUAUUCAAAGCGCUCUAUUCGGUUAUCAACUAUAGACAACUAUCAGGGUGAAGAAAGUGACAUUGUAAUCGCCACACUAACCCGCAGCAACGGAGACGGUGAUAUCGGAUUCAUGGCAGCUCCGCAGCGACUGAAUGUGCUGUUGUCGCGUGCUCGCAACAUCCUCAUUAUGGUCGGGAAUGCAAAUACCUUCACAAUCAGCCGCAAGGGCAAGGAGGUCUGGGUACCUUUUAUCGAUAAUCUAAAGACAAAGGGUCAUCUCUACGAUGGUCUUCCCGUCAAAUGCGAACAGCAUCCUCAGAAAAUGACUGUUGUCCGAACCGCAGCGGAGUUCGACACAGAGUGUCCGGAUGGAGGUUGUGCAUUGCCUUGCGGCGUCAGGUUGAGUUGUGGUAUCCACGAUUGUCCGUACAGAUGCCACCAAUUAUCAGACCAUUCCAAGAUGGAAUGUCGCCAAAUAAUCGAAUGGGUCUGUUCUCGUGGCCACCGAACCACCCGACCCUGUGCCAAAAUCAACGGCGCAUGCCAGCCCUGCAACGCUGAAGAUCGAGCUCAGGAAGCCAAGAAACAAAGGAACAUGAUGCUCGAGGUUGAGCGAGAAAGAAGACAAAAGGAAUACAUGAAAGAGCUGACGGAGUUGCAAGACGAAAUUGCCCAUGAGAGACGCUUGCAGAAGGAUGAGCAAGACAGAGAACAACGAAAGAGAGUCCUACAGCAACACCGCGAUGAUCUUGCCAAUUUAAGAUCCCCGAAACCUGAUAACCAGUCAAAGGCAAUGAACAUGGCCACUGAAACAAUCACACCAAAGCAAAGCCCGGCUUUCAAUAAAGAAAAUGACGUUCCUUCAUCUUUAAAACCAGAACCCACGGUCAAGAAUCAGGGUAAGUCCACAAACAAACCGGAGCCACCCAAAUCCGCCGCAAAAGACGAGUGGGAGUAUCAAAAGAAUUUCGAGGGUGCUAAAAGUGCUGAAAUCGAUACCUUGAUGGAAAUGAUCGGACUCGAGGAAGUGAAGGAGAAAUUCAUCACCAUUAAAGAUCAGGUAGACACAACUUUGAAGCAGGGGAUUGAUCUAAAAGGUGAACGGUUUGGAUCUGUUUUGAGAGGAAAUCCGGGAACUGGAAAAACAACGUUUGCUCGUCUCUAUUCCAAAUUCCUUGGUGCUGUCGGGGUUCUUCCAGGCAGCUGUUUUGUCGAGACUACAGGUUCGGAACUUGCGAACGAGGGUGUUUCUGGUUGUCAGAAAAAGAUCGAGGGCAUCCUUAAAGAUGGCGGUGGUGUUAUGUUCAUAGAUGAGGCAUACCAGCUGGCCGAAAACAAUAUCUACGGAAUCCAAGUGAUUAACUUCCUCUUAGGCGAGGUUGAGAAGCAGACUGGCAAGGUUGUUUUCGUUCUGGCGGGAUAUCGCAGCCACAUGGAGAAAUUUUUUGAACAGAACCCUGGCUUACCGAGUCGCUUCCCCCACGAAUUCAAAUUCGAAGACUACGAUGACGACGAGCUCCGACAGAUUUUCGAGUAUAGACUUGACAAGAAAUACAAUGGCAGAAUGAAGAUUGAAGGAGGCCGAGGUGGCUUGUUCAGUCGCAUUGUUGCUCGUCGGGUUGGUAGAGGACGCGGAAAGGAAGGAUUUGGCAAUGCUCGUGCUAUUGAAAACGUCACAUCCUUGAUUUCACAGCGCCAGGCUAAUCGCCUAGCACGGGAGAGAAGAUCUCGGCGCUCGGUAGAUGUCAUGUUCCUGACCAAGAAUGAUCUUAUCGGUCCAGAGCCAUCGCAAGCGCUUCGGAACUGCUCAGCAUGGCAGAAGCUGAAAAAGAUGAUUGGCCUUGAUGCCGUGAAGAAAGAUGUGCAGGCUCUUUUGGACAGCAUUCAGACCAACUACGAGCGAGAGCUGUUGGAGAAGAAAUUGGUCGAGUUUACCUUGAAUCGCGUGUUUCUGGGUUCUCCUGGAACAGGUAAAACUAGUGUGGCCAAACUGUAUGGGCAGAUUCUGGUCGAUAUUGGGUUGUUGUCUAACGGAGAGGUGAUUGUCAAGAAUCCCGCUGAUUUCGUUGGAAGUGUUCUUGGGGAGUCUGAGAGAAAUACCAAGGGCAUUCUAGCAUCGACUGUUGGCAAGGUCUUGGUUAUAGAUGAAGCCUAUAUGCUAUCUGGCGGAGGCAGUCGUGAUGACAGUGGACCAAAGUCAGAUCCUUACAAGACCGCCGUGGUCGAUACGAUUGUUUCCGAAGUCCAUAGUGUGCCAGGGGAUGACCGCUGCGUAUUGCUGCUUGGAUACCAAGAACAGAUGGAAGAAAUGUUCCGGAAUGUCAACCCAGGUCUGACCCGACGGUUUCCACUGGAUUCUGCCUUUAUGUUUGAGGAUUUUACCGAUGAUGAGCUUGGUCUUAUUCUCGAUCUCAAACUGGAGCAGCAAGACUUUGAAACCACCACCCAUGGACGAAAGGUGGCAUUGGAAGUCCUUGCACGAGCUCGCAAUCGUGCCAACUUUGGCAACGCGGGUGAAGUCGACAUCCUCUUGAACAAGGCCAAGAUUCGCCAUCAGAAACGAGUCAGUGCACGAAAAGCCUCAACCACCGCUUCCGUUCUAGUGCCAGAGGAUUUUGAUGAACACCAUGAUCGCGGACAACGGACUGAGACUAAUAUCCCUAUGUUGUUUGCCGAUGUUGUUGGAAGUGAGAAGAUCGUCGAACAGUUGGAGGGGUAUCGCCGUACGGUCAUGAACAUGCAGCUACUUGAUCUGGAUCCUCGUGAUCAAGUCGCAUUCAACUUUCUGUUUCGCGGGCCUCCAGGUACCGGUAAAACCACGACAGCCAGAAAGAUGGGCAAGGUGUACUACGACAUGGGUCUUCUAGCGUCUGCAGAAGUCAUCGAAAGCUCUGCCACCGAUCUAAUUGGGCAAUAUGUAGGAAAGACCGGUCCCAAAACCCAGGCAUUGCUGGAGAAGGCACUAGGCAAGGUGCUGCUUAUCGACGAAGCCUACCGACUGGCAGAAGGUGCAUUCGCGAAAGAGGCAAUGGACGAGAUCGUCGACUGCAUCACCAAACCCAAGUUCGAAAAGAAGCUCAUCAUCAUUCUUGCGGGCUACGAUGGAGAUAUCAAUCGUCUCAUGACAAUCAACCCUGGUCUUACCAGUCGAUUCCCACAUUCGAUGGAGUUCAACGGGCUUAACCCGGACGAUUGCUUCAAACUCUUGACCAAUUUACUUCAGGGACGACGGAAAAAAGUGCAUGAGAAAGGGAAAGAAUUCGACAUUAGCGCCCUUGAAGGACCGACCAGUCAAUUUGCAAAUGAAGUGCGGUCUCGCUUUUCAAUCCUAUCCCAAAUACCCAAUUGGGCCAACGCGCGAGACGUUCAAACACUGGCAAAGGCUAUUUUCGGUAAGACCAUGCAAUCUGUCAUCGGUACGAGACUGGCCGUCGAGGAGAAGAACAUUUUGGCCGAGAUGGACUCGAUGAUAACCGACCGCACGAAUCGAUCUAAUGUCACUCCCUCUCUUCCUCCCAUAAACCUGCAGCCAGUUGCAGUUGAUGACCAGACCGCGACACCGACUGAGACAAAGACCAGCACAACCACAACUAUGGCUAUGCGGCAAAAGUCCCCAGAGCGGCAAGAGAGCCUACCUGAGCCGAAAGUGCCUGAAGCCUCCGACGGACGAGAUGCGGGCGUGACUAACGAAAUAUGGAACCAGUUACUGGAUGACAAACGCCGCGCAGAACUCGAAGAGGAGGAAUAUCAACAGGCCCUCAAAGACGAGCGAGAAGCAGAAGAGGCAACAAGGAAAUUGGCUGAAGAAACUCGAGCAGCAGAGAAACAGCGACAUGACGAUGACGAAGCCAAAAGGCGACAUGAGCAAGACCGGCUUCAACGAGAACUCGAACGGCGAAUUCGAGAAGAAAAACUAGAGCGACUCCGAAGAAAGAAAGCAGAAAUGGAAGCCGAGCGAAAGAAAGAACAACAAGCGCAGCAGAAGUUGAGAGAUAUGGGCGUGUGUUGUAUGGGAUAUCGAUGGAUCAAACAGUCAAACGGAUAUAGAUGUGCGGGAGGGUCUCAUUUUGUAUCGAAUGCGCAGUUGGGUUUUUAG